ACCUGUCUUGGUUGUCUAUAAAUAUUCCCCUGAAAUCAAUAUUUCUCUUUGUGAUCUCUCCCUUGAGACUCUACUCGAGCAACAUCUACAGACACAUGGACAUACAAACAUAAAUAAUUAAAUUAAAUACAUCAACAAGGAUAGCAUCAAAUAACUCUACACUUGUGCUUUGACCAAAUCAAGGCUAGUCAAGAAACCCCUUUUUAAGGUGAAGUUACUUGGCUAAAACAGGAGGAAAAGCAAGGUUUGUGGGAGUUGCUGCUAAAAAGUUGGAAGCUUGGAUUAAAAAGAUGUUGAUUUGGUGCCUUUGAGUUGACCCAGAUUUGAAUCGUUGAUGUAUCUCCUUUGAGCUACGGAAGUUGUUGGUUAAACAUCGUGGGAGUUUGAAGAUUCAUUUUUGUUCGAAUCUGAGGAGUCAUUUCAAGAUGGGCUGUUUAUGUUCAAAAUUGUCUUGCUGUUGUAUCUCUGAGCAUAAUGGACCGGUCCAUGAAGCAAAGAAUACUGUGACUGAGGAGAAAAGUGAACUCAGCGAUAUACCUGUAUUUCGUGAAUUUUCAAUUGAACAACUGAGGAUGGCUACAUCUGGGUUCGCUGUAGAAAAUAUAGUUUCGGAACAUGGGGAGAAAGCUCCAAACGUGGUUUAUAAAGGGAAAUUGGAAAAUCAGAAACAUAUAGCUGUCAAACGCUUUAACAGAUCUGCUUGGCCUGACGCCCGUCAGUUCAUGGAAGAGGCCAAAGCUGUUGGUCAUCUUCGAAACUACAGAUUGGCAAAUUUACUUGGGUGUUGCAGUGAAGGGCAAGAGAGGUUACUGGUUGCUGAAUUUAUGCCUAAUGAUACUCUUGCCAAACAUCUAUUUCACUGGGAAACACAACCUAUGAAGUGGGCAAUGCGGUUAAGAGUUGCCUUAUAUCUUGCACAAGCAUUGGAAUAUUGCACGAGCAAAGGACGUGCUCUUUAUCAUGAUCUUAAUGCCUACAGAGUUGUCUUUGAUAAUGAAAUCUUGACAAAACUAUUUCUUCACAUGUCACAGGACGGCAAUCCAAGGCUUUCAUGCUUUGGUUUGAUGAAGAAUAGUCGGGAUGGAAAAAGCUACAGUACAAACUUGGCAUUUACUCCACCAGAGUAUCUAAGGACUGGAAGAGUCACCCCAGAAAGUGUAAUUUACAGCUUUGGGACACUUAUGCUUGACCUUCUCAGUGGGAAACACAUUCCACCAAGCCAUGCUCUUGAUUUGAUAAGGGAUCGGAAUCUUCAGAUGUUGACCGAUUCUUGCUUGGAAGGUCAAUUUUCCAAUGAUGAUGGGACUGAGUUGGUUCGUCUUGCGUCAAGAUGUUUACUGUAUGAACCACGUGAGAGGCCAAAUCCAAAAUCUUUAGUUUCUGCACUGAUUCCUCUUCAGAAGGAAACUGAGGUACCUUCUCACAUUUUAAUGGGCAUUCCUCAUGGUGGAGAGAUUUUGUCUCUGUCGCCUCUUGGUGAAGCAUGCCUUAGAAAGGACUUAACUGCCAUACAUGAGAUUUUGGAAAAACUUGGCUACAAAGAUGACGAGGGAGCCACAACUGAGCUUUCAUUCCAGAUGUGGACGAAUCAAAUGCAGGACACACUGAGCUCUAAGAAGAAGGGAGAUGCUGCUUUCCGGCAUAAAGAUUUUAGAGUGGCAAUUGAUUGCUUCACACAGUUUAUUGACGUUGGAACAAUGAUGUCCCCAACGAUUUAUGCUCGUCGUAGUUUGUCAUAUCUCAUGAGCGACAUGCCUCAGGAGGCUCUCAAUGAUGCAGUCCAAGCACAAGUCAUAUCCCCCGUUUGGCACAUUGCUUCAUAUUUACAAGCGUCUUCACUUUUUGCUUUGGGGAGGGAUAACGAGGCCCAAAUCGCGCUUAAAGAAGGUUCAAUUCUAGAGGAAAAGAAUAACACAACUUCUUCCUGAUAUGUUUAUAAAACCACAAAAAUUCCUCUCGUCGGUCAAGGACAAGAUCACCACAAGUCUAUUGAAAAAAAAAAAGAAAAAAAUGCAGGAAAGAGAAAACAUGUUGCUUUGCACUUUUGCGCUUUUGGGAAGCUGAUUUAACCGCUUUUUCAAUAAGGCAGUUUAGGUAAAUUAUGAUUUGGUGGAAACGGAAUGGACCAUCUAUCACAUGUUGAUAAGAGAAAGGAUCGGUUUUGGGAUGUUGGGGAGAAUUUUCCAUACAGUGGUUCGUGUACAGUGCUAUAUGACUUGAUCAUUCAAGGCCCUUUUUUUUUUUAAUUUUGUUUCUUUAUAUUCCCUGUUAUUGUCUGUAUUUGGUCACUACUUUAUAUUGUCUGUGGAAGUAAAAUUUUUCUAAGGUCACUGAAUUGCUUUGCAAUUGGCAAAGAUCUGGUGAUUGAGUGCUUGAAUUGGUUUGAAUGGUUUGCCUCAAGCUUGAGCCUGUAUCCUACUGUUUGGUUUGCAAGUGAUUGAUGGUUGGAGUUGGAAUUGGAUUCAUGUGGAUAACUAUAUUCGUCAAGUUUUUUAUA